AUGGCUACUCCGGCUGCCUUACCGCCGCUUCCUUUCAACCCUGCAAGGCUACGGUCAUACUUGCUUCGCCUGCCUCUUUUUACGCGACUUGUGGUGCUGGUGAUUAUCGUGUUUUGGGUCCUGGAGUUACAAACAGUAUGGAGCGUGGUACAAUGGGGUUCGUUGACACCGGAUGAGAUCGGUAUUGGUAGCAUGUACCGGAUUAACACGUAUCCAUUCAUCCACAUGGGAUUCUUCCAUACUUUGCUGAAUCUUGUGGCGCUUAUGCCGUUGGUCGAGCGGUUCGAAGCUGAACAUGGCACGUUGACUUCCGUGGCUCUGUUUUUAGGACCUCUUUCUACGUUCCCUGCAGGGCUCUAUAUUCUGAUUGAGAAAGUUCUUCUGCAUAGAAACACCACUGUAGUUGGCGCGAGUGUUUGGGUUUUCCUCUUACUAGGCAUCGAAGCUAUCAAGACUUACAAGUCUCACCCAUACUUCAGUCUUGGGAAUUACGGGAUCCCUACCUGGACGUCACCAUUGUUUGCGUGUGUUGUUAUUGCGAUCCUUAUACCUAAUACUAGUUUCCUAGGCCAUCUGUGUGCUAUUCUUAUUGGCUAUCUGUUCGGCCUUGGAUAUCUCAAGGUGGUUGUCCCGCCUGAGAAGAUCCUGAGAUGGAUCGAAGGAAAACUGAACCUGUUGGGACGGCUGCCACACUAUGUCUCCGUUGACCAAAAGACGUAUGGCCGAUAUGGAGUGCUCCCCACGACGAAUACCAUGGGCGAGAGAGGCACCCCUAUGAGCUAUCUUGGAUCAUCGCAACGCCUGGCCGCAAUCCGCAAAUUGCGGAAUAAUCCCCAUUUCCUUUUCGUGCAUUUACCGCACAUCCUCUCGUUCCUAUGCAUCCUCGCCGGCGUCGUCUGGCUUCUUCUCCUUCCGCUCAAUGACUACUCCCGUCAAACGUACAUCUCCGAGAACGCGCUUCUCCCCGGCCAAGUCCAUGCCUACUUCUCCGGCAGUGAACAGAACAUUUUCCGCGGAUACAGGAAGGAGCUGGAGACGCUUUUACCUAGUGGGGCUCCAGGGGAGGGGCCAGAAAGGAAUAAUCUUGAAUUGACACCCGAGAUCUCUGAUAAAAUACAAUCGGUCCUCAGAGCUUCUGGCUUGAAAGUCGCGACACAGAAUUAUGAAUAUACUUCCGCUGGUAUCACGCAUCAGGGACAGAACGUCUAUGCCAUCAUCCAAGCGCCACGGGGCGAUGCGACGGAGGCGAUCGUACUGGUUACGGCUUGGAAGACAGCGGAUGGGGAGCUCAACCUGAAUGGGGUUACCCUUGCGUUGACGCUGGCGAGAUACUUCAAACGAUGGUCUCUGUGGUCGAAGGAUAUCAUAUUUUUAAUCACUCCUGACAGCAAAACGGGAACACAAGCGUGGAUUGACGCGUACCAUGACAUGCAGCCGCCAUCUGUUCAGCCCCUACCGCUGAAGAGUGGUGCGUUGCAGGGAGGACUGGUGGUGGAAUACCCCUUUGAUCAUCGAUUUGAGUCCCUACAUAUUGUCUACGACGGUGUCAACGGUCAAUUGCCGAAUCUGGAUUUGAUUAAUACUGCCGUGUCGAUUGCCGGUGGUCAAAUGGGUAUCGGUGCCAAUUUGCAGGAGAUGUGGGACCACGACGACAGCUAUGAAGCCCGUCUGCAAACUAUAGUGAGAGGUAUGGCUAAGCAGGGUUUCGGGUACGCCACUGGAGCACAUAGUAGUUUCAUGCCAUAUCAUAUUGAUGCUAUUACACUGCAAACGAAAGGUGACGGCUGGCAGGAUGAAAUGGCCUUGGGCCGGACCGUGGAGAGUCUCUGUCGGAGCUUGAACAACCUCCUGGAACAUCUGCAUCAAAGUUUCUUCUUCUACCUCCUUAUGCAAACUAACCGGUUCGUCAGUAUCGGCACUUAUCUACCCAGUGCGAUGCUGAUCGCUGGCAACUUUACCAUCAUGGCCAUCGCGCUGUGGUUACGCACUGGUUACUAUAUGGGCUCUAAGCCCAAGCCUUCAGCCGACGCUACUUCGCCGAACGAAAAGGAGAAGGAACAAGCAGCAAGCCCCCAAGUCAAGGGUGAACCAGAGGUUACGAACGUAGAACACAAGGAACAAAAGAGCGAUACCAAUAGCAUCAACGAGCGGCAACUAGCGCUUCCACUGAGCUUUGUCGUCGGCCUACAUUUAUUAGGCCUAAUCCCUCUCUUCAUCUUCAACAACCUCUCCCACAAGUAUUUCACAACCGCCACGUACAUAUUCGUCGUAGCCGAUGUCAUCCUCCCGCUAUUCCUCGCAGUCUUGGUCAGCCAAGGCUUCCACCCCGAACCCCAACAAUACCUCCUCAUGAAGUCCUUCUCCCUCCUCCUUCUUGGAAUUUUCCUCUCCACACUGGCCACCUUGAACUUCUCCCUCUCAUUCAUGAUCGGCCUGCUUUGCGCUCCUCUCAGCUUCGUCAGUCGCAUCAAUCCUACCACCGAUGCACCUCUCCGGUACGCACUCGCUCUCAUAGGACUAGUACUUCUGAACCUUCUCUCGCCCCCGGUAGCCCUUCUCGGGGGCUGCUGGUACACUGGAGCCUCGGUCGAGACCGUCCUAACGCAAGCCGCGUUCGGAUGGGAUGUAUGGGGAAUGUGGACGCAAGUAAUGGUAUGGUGCGUUUGGUGGCCCGCCUGGAUAAUCGGAUGCGCAUUGCUAGGCUUCUCCCUAUUCUAG